AUGAGCUCCGCGAUAGCGAGAGCAGCCUUUGCAACGUCCACGUCCGUUUCCUUGCGACGCUCCUCUCCAUUGCCCUCAUCGUUCCAGUCUCUUUCACGACCCGUUUUGUGGCGGUCCGCCGCAUUGAGAUCUCGUCGGUUCGCAACUCCUUCAGCAACAGUAGCACCGGCGACAAAGCAGGUACGCGUUCGUUUUGCACCGUCACCAACUGGUGCACUUCAUGUCGGUGGAGCACGCACCGCUUUGUACAACUGGUUGCUUGCACGACAAACAAAGGGUGCGUUUCUAGUCCGUGUUGAAGAUACCGAUGUUGUACGUUCAACUCGAGAGUCAGAGGAUAUGGUUCUCGAAGAUCUGACAUGGUUGGGGCUUCAUUGGGAUGAAGGGCCGCGAGUUGGCGGUGAUAGAGGUCCCUAUCGACAGAGUGAGCGAUCUACAAUUUACGUAGAGCUCGCGGACAAGCUGGUCAGGGAGGGCAAAGCAUACCCCUGCUUCUGUACAGAGGAAGAGCUGGACAGGAAAAGAGAGGAAGCAGAGCGAGAAGGAAGACCUCCGCAAUAUGACGGGACUUGGAGAGAUGCCGAUCCGGAGGAGGUCAAGAAAAGAAUUGACAACGGCGAACAGUAUACUGUCAGGUUUAAAGUCCCGUCUGGAAGCAGGGUCAUCAUUGAUGAUGCAGUCCGCGGUAAAGUGGCAUGGGACGCAGAUUCUACUGUGGGCGACUUCAUCAUUCUGCGGAGCACAGGUGUGCCGGUUUACAACUUUUGCGUAGCGGUUGAUGACGCUUUGAUGGGCGUUUCAACAGUACUUCGUGCAGAGGAGCAUCUAACAAACACUCUGCGCCAGGUGCUCAUUUUGCGCGCGUUGGACUUCGAGACUCCUGAGUACGCGCACUGUUCACUCAUCCUGGGUUCAGAUCGCUCCAAACUGUCAAAACGACAUGGGGCAACAUCUGUUACGCUAUUCCGAGAGGAGGGAUAUCUACCCGUUGCUAUGAUCAAUUAUCUAGCGAUGCUGGGAUGGAAUGAUGGCACUGAGAAGGAGAUCUAUACUGUUGAAGAACUAAUCGAAGUGUUCGACAUUCACCGAAUCACCAAAUCACCUGCCAUGUUUGAUGGGGACAAGCUGCGCUACAUCAACGGACAGCAUUUACGCGCGUUGCCUUCCAAAGAGUUGGAGGAUCUUGUUCUUGCAGAAUGGAAGCUGUCUGGAGUGUUUAACGAUACUCUGGAGGCAGAUUCGCCUCUGGCGCAAGCUGCUGUUGCGCUCGUGCGUGGAUCUUUAGAACUUGUGAAUGAUGCGAAUGAGGAAAUGCAGAAGGCGUUUGCAUACCCGUUGGACGAGACGCUUGCAUCAGGGGAGGCAGACGAGUUGAUAGGAGAGGAUGGUGGUUUCAAUGAGGUCGCUAGUGCCGCGCUUCGCGCUUACGAUGCGGGGGAAUUGCCGAUUGGAGAUGACGGGGAAGAGCACAAAGGGAAGUGGAAAAAAUGGGUCAAAGCAGUAGGGAAAGAGUAUGGUCGGAAAGGAAAACGAUUGUUUCAUCCACUUAGACUAGCGCUCACUGGAAAAAUGAGCGGACCGGAUGUGGGUGAAAUCCUGCAGAUUUUGUACUUGACAGAGAAGGGUGAAGCCGCAACGAGUUUUGUUCCACUUGCAGAGCGAAUGGAAGCUUUGAGGAACAAACUAGGGGCUUAG